AGCCUUAUCAUSGAAAGGUUCUUGAAAAUGAAGUGGGUGUUCUUGAUCUCGUUCGUUGUCUUCGUAAGUGCAGGAGCAGGUGUUUUAGGUAGCGAUCCUCUCUACAACGAGGAUUAUCGCAAAACGUUUUGCCAUUUCAAGAACGAUGGCACUUACGCAGAUCCAUACGACGGUUGUAAGGGUUUUAUUCAUUGCAAUAACUAUAUCGCCGACUACAAGGAAUGUCCAGCUGGAUUGCUAUUCAACGCAAAACUAGGCUACUGUGAUUGGCCAGCUAAUGUCGACUGCCCAAUGGGAAUCUUAGAUUGCGAGGUGACCGUUGUUGGUGGAGGGAUCUCAGGAUUGUACAUGGCGUACGAGCUCUUAAAAACAAAGAAAGAAAGUCAGGUCUGUGUUUUUGAAAAGGAUCCACAUCUUGGUGGAAGAAUUCGUGAUUACCACUUCAAAGAGGCCCCAGCAGGUUUGGGAGCAUGGAGAAUUGACAAGAAACACAAUGUCAUGAUCAAUUUUGUGCAAGAGCUUGGUAUAACCCAGAGAGAAUGGAGCUUCGUAGAWCCAAGUUUAAUCGAAUCAAGAGGCGUCAAAGCGAACAAUCAUGAAGACAUCAAGAAAGCCUACCCAACCCUCAAGCAACAUCCACUCUUCGGCAAGAUGACAAGCAGUCAGCUUCUUAGCCAUGCAUGCAAACCUGAAUUUGUGGCAAAUGCSGACGCCUAUGCAACAGUUGAUACAUACUUUUCUAAUCUGAUCACACCCGAGGGUGCCGAGUACCUUUCCGAGUUAUAUGGCUACAAAGGUGAUUACACGGACUUCAUCAGUCCAAAAUCGUACAUGGAAUUCACAGAAAUGACCCUUAAGCUGUCGGAUAAAUACUUUAGGCCAACAGGUGGAAUGUCAACUAUCAUUAGUACCUURAAAAAGAAAGUCGAGUCYAUGGGAGGGAAAAUCUUCACGAGYACWGGUAUCAAAGGGAUGAUACARGAAGGAGGUGUUUAYGUUUCAYUGACACCAAACCUAAGAGUAAGAUCUAAAAAGCUUGUAGUAGCUGUCCCUCCACUGCACUUCCGAAAAGUGAACGGUACCAUUGCAAAGAAGAUUCAAAGAACAGCACAGUUUGAUUCAAUUCAGCCAAUCCCAGCCUUCAAAGGGGCAGCAGUUUACUCUAACGCUUGGUGGGAGAAAGUAUAUAUUGGAGGAUCACCCGUUAAACCUGGACAGAAAUUCAUCUCGCAGAGUAAUUGUCUUGGAAUAAGCAUGGCUCACAGAGGAAAAGGAACCAAAGGUGAAGGUGUUCUUCACACCAUGUACGCUGACGGUGCCUGCAGCAGACGAUGGAGAGACAUCUCUAACCUCAAGAAGAACUUUUUGAACGCUGAAGUUCAUCGUGCUUUGGAAACAAAGUUUGGGACAAAAAUCCCGGCGCCAUUGGACACUGCGUAUCAGUAUUGGGACUCAGCUUGGCAUUUUCAAAAGCCAGGAACAACCUUCACCAUGGUGGAUAUAAGUAACUGGGCCAAGCGUCCAUUCCCUGGAGAAAACAUCUUUGUUAUUGGAGAAGCUUUCCAUCCUUUCCGAGGCUGGUGCGAAGGUUCCAUCGUUUCUGCCCAGAAUGCACUGCGAGAGGGAUGGGGAAUCCAGUUUCCGGCUAGUGUCAAUCGAAUGAGUCCAUUGCGAGACGACCUUAGUCGUCUAGCMCGGUCGAAGACUAUGGCUCGAGCCUGAAAUAACGUCCGGAAAUUAUGUAUAGAAUAGUGGAAGGUCUUGACGAAAUUAGCAAAUAAAGAAGAAUUAUAGACA